GGCGCGGGGCCGCGGCGGCGGGCUGGGGGCUCGGCGCGCCCGGGCGUCAGUCGGGCCGCGGCGACGGCGGCAGGAGCGCGUCUCGGCGCCUCCUCGGGCUCCGCUUGGCUGCGGGGCUGCUCCGGGAGAAGCAGAGUGAGGCUAGGCGCGGGGCCCGCGGGCUGGGCGCAUGGCUUAGGGACACCCGGCCGCAGCGCCCCCAGCAUGGGGAAACUUCACUCCAAGCCGGCCGCUGUGUGCAAGCGCAGGGAAAGCCCUGAAGGUGACAGCUUCGCCGUGAGUGCUGCCUGGGCUCGGAAAGGCAUUGAGGAGUGGAUCGGGAGGCAGCGCUGCCCAGGGGGCGUUUCAGGACCCCGACAACUUCGGUUGGCAGGCACCGUUGGUCGAGACAGCCGGGAACUCACAGGCGACAUUUUCAGAGAAGCACUCAGCGAGGAGGAGGAGGAGGACUUCCGGCUAGAAGUGGCCCUGCCACCUGAGAAGACUGACGGCCUGGGCAGCGGAGAUGAGAAGAGGAUGGAAAAAUCCAGCGAACCUUGCCCAGCCUCCAAGAAGCAACUGAAAUUUGAAGAGCUACAGUGUGAUGUAUCAGUGGAGGAGGACAGCCGGCAGGAGUGGACCUUCACCUUAUAUGACUUUGACAACAAUGGCAAAGUCACCCGAGAGGAUAUCACCAGCCUACUGCACACCAUCUACGAGGUAGUUGAUUCCUCCGUGAACCACUCGCCGACAUCGAGCAAGACACUGCGGGUGAAGCUUACCGUGGCCCCAGAUGGGAGCCAGAGCAAGAAAAGCGUCUUUCUCAAUCACACUGACCUGCAGAGCACAAGGCCCCGAGCAGAGACCAAGCCUGCGGAGGAGCUGCGCAGCUGGGAGAAGAAGCAGCGAGCCCCCCUCAGGUUCCAGGGCGACAGCCACCUGGAGCAGUCUGGCUGCUACCACCACUGCGUAGACGAGAACAUUGAGAGGAGAAACCACUACUUAGAUCUUGCGGGAAUAGAAAACUACACUUCCCAGUUUGGGCCUGGCUCCCCUUCAAUGGCCCAGAAGUCAGAACUGCCCCCUCGCACCUCCAACCCCACUCGAUCUCGCUCCCAUGAGCCAGAAGCCAUCCACGUCCCACACCGGAAGCCCCAAGGUGCGGACCCGGGCUCCUUCCACUUUCUUGACACCCCAUUCGCCAAGGUCUCUGAGCUUCAGCAGCGACUCCGGGGCACCCAGGACGGGAGCAAGCACUUUGUGAGGUCCCCUAAGGCCCAGGGCAAAAAUGUGGGUGUGGGCCACGUAGCCAGAGGGGCAAGAAGCAAGCCCCCACUGGCACCUGCUGUCCCUGCAGUAUCCCCCUCUGCCCAUCUGGCUGCCAGCCCAGCCCUCCUUCCCACCCUGGCUCCCCUCGGGCACAAGAAACACAAGCACCGAGCCAAGGAGAGCCAGCCAGGAUGCCGGGGCCUGCAGGCACCACUGGCCACAGGUGGUGCCAUGGCGGGGCGGGAGCAUGUGAGGGAGCUGCCCACAGUGGUGGUCUACGAGAGCCAGGCUGGGCAAGCGGUCCAGAGACAUGAACACCACCACCACCACGAACAUCACCACCAUUACCACCACUUCUACCAGCCCUAGAGCCGUCCCUGCCCAAGACCCACCCGCCAUAUGAAGGACCCUCCCCAUGCCCCAAGGCAUUAUUAUUCUAUUAAUUAUUGUUAUUAUGAUGAUUAUUGUUAUUAAUAAUUAUUGUUACUCCACUAAUAUUUAGUUAGCCUUCAUGUAGAAGAUAUAUGGAAACACAGAACUAAACUUUUAUUUAUAUGUUGUGGGGACUGCAUAACUCACCCAAGAAGUGACUGUGGGCUUGGAAGGGGCCUGUAGAUGGCAGAGGUUCCCUCGGGACUCCUGAUUGUGGUUUCAUGUGGAUGUGCCUGCUUUUCUCAGUGCCACGGGAGCUGUCAGCCUAGGCUCUGCCCCAGCCCAGACCAUUCAGGAGCACACUCUUCCCUGGCCUGGCUUCAGAGAUCUCAUGAUCUCGGAGAGGACAAACAGCUGCUACCUCUUA